AUGGACAUGUUUCAUGGCCUUCUUUUGGACGAUGCGCAGAGUCUCAGAGACAGAAUCACGUAUCUGGAAAAGAAGGUAGCCGAACAAGCCGAGGACUUGGCUUGCAUGAAGAGUGCCAUCGCGGAUUGUAUUCGACGUAUGGGACAACUGGAAAGUACCCGAGGUGCGUAUCCCAACAAAUUUCGUUCGAAAUCCAGUGGCCCACCCGCUAAGAACACUCUCAACGAGGCCCAAGGUACGUACCAUUUGUUGGUUACUUUGUCUGUGCACAGUCAGAAUUAA